AGUUAUAGUGACUUUAUUGCAUGAACACGGAUGACAGGUGCAACAAAUAUUUUUGUAUUGUUAUCAUUGAUACAAGUACGAUCAUUGAUAAUUUAGUGAUUUGUCGACGGAUUUCUACUUUUGUCAGUAUUUUUCUUAUUUAGAGGAAUAUUUCAAUAUGUUUGGUAAAAAGAAAGAGCCAAAGAGGCAAUCCAGGUCUGGAAAUCUUGAACAGUAUGGAAUAUUCCAAGUACCUGAUCAUUUUGACGACCUUGGAGCUUCUGUAGAAGAUGAAGAUGACGAAGAUUUGGAAGCAGAAUUGGCUGCCUUAACAAAUAACAGUAAUGUAAUGCGAAAACAAAAGCCUAAAAUUCAGAGGGUAGAUUCAUCCGAACUAAACGCAAUGGUAUCUGAAAGUAUAAAAGAUAUAGAUGAGGAUGUAUCCGAUGGGGAAGAUGAUCCAGAUUUAUUGGAAGAACUCAAUAUGAUUACCAAGAAUGAGGCUACUUUGUCGGACGAAGAAGUACAUCCUGAAGAAGAAAUUUCUGAAAAUAAUCUUGACAAGGCAAAUGAUAGUCCUAUAGACGAUAAAUUACAAUUACUGCAAGAUAGACUAACUCUUUAUCAAAAAGCUGAGAAGAAAGCAAAACAACAAAAUGAAACUAGUAAAGCUAGGAGAUUUGGUAGAGGAGUUAAGACGUUGCAACAGCUUUUAAAGGACGCUCAGUCAGGUAUUGCUAUAAAUGAAGCUGAUGUUCCACCUCCUUUACCUCCUUCAGCUACUUCUGAAUCCACAGAACAACCUACAGACAACGAUGUAUCCUCUAAAAUGCCAGAAGAGAAUCCUUCCCCGCCUAGUCUUGAACAUGAUGCCGAUUCAGAAUCUGCUCCAGCUGAACCAGCUGCUCCAGUUGUUCAAAUCGAUCAGGAAGCAUUAACUUUGUUAAAGAAACGACAGCAGGAAUAUAAGGUUGCUGCACUUGCAUGGAAAAAAGCUGGUAAUAUGCAAGAGGCUAUGCAAUAUGUAAAAAUUGCUAAACAAUUUGAUAUAGUUGUUGCGGCAAUUAAUGCUGGAGAAGCGAUUGAUUUAUCCGAUAUGCCACCUACGCCAAUUGGGCCUUCUGCAUCAGCUGUAGAUCCUGCAUCACGAUCGGUUGAAAAAGAAGACGUAGAAAUUCAACAACAUGCCGAACCAGAUACACCGGCUGCAAAUAAAAUGGAUGAUGGGGUAUUGGAACAAAGAUAUGGAAUAGAAGAUAUAGAAAGCGCUCUCAAAGAGCGUCUUGAAGUAUACAAACGAACGAAAGCAGCAGCAGAAACCGAAGGAAAUUCUUCUAAAGCUCGAAGAUAUGGUCGUAUUUGCAAGCAGUUCGAGGAAGCACUUAAAAAUCACGCACGCGGAAGACCCGUGCCUCUAGAUGAACUUCCUACUCCACCAGGAUUUUCACCACUUUCUACAAGUACUCAGUCUGCUGGUGUGCCUGUGACAGAAGGAGAGAAAGAAGAUGACAAAUCUAAAUUAGAAUCUAAUUCGGAAGGAACAUCCGGAAUAGGUGUGCCAAGUCCACCUCCGAGAAGAAAUCAAGUAGUAAAUAAAAAUCAAAAGCACGCUACUACACGGGCAGAUAAACAGAUGAUACAGUUGCAGCAACGUCAACACGAAUUAAAACAGGCCGCGUUAAAAGCUAAAAAAGAUGGAGAUUUAGAAUUGGCGCGCGAUUAUUUAAGACAAGCGAAAGGAAUACAGCCAUUGAUUCAAGCUAGUAUAGCUGGUUUACCAGUUGAUAUGAAUUCUAUACCUUUGUCACCGGUUGCUAAAAUGGAACUUAGUGCGCACGGUUUAACGGGUCAAACAGAUGAAAAUUUUCAAUUGGUCAAUAGCGAAGACUGUUUGGAGGAAUCUGGUGGAAGCGAUGAACAAAUUUACGAUAACUUGGAGAAUCAAUUAAUUAAACAAAUAAAAUGGUGCCUUUCUACGAGAGAUCAUUCGAAACAAUUGGGAGACGUUCCGGGAUAUAACAGAUGGGAACGACUCGCCCUAGGAUAUACCCGAGAUUUGGAUAUGUUACGCGUUAGAAGACGCGAUUCCUUACCGCCUCCGUUGCAUCAUUAUGAAACUAAAACUUAUGCGAUAGUUCAGAGUUGUACAGACUUGAACGAUAGCGAUAUUGAGAUAUCGAUAAUCAGAGGUAUCAAUUACGCACGGGAAGCAGAUACUUAUGUUAUGUUUGAGUUUCCUUAUCCUUCGGACAAUCCCCCUGCAGAUAGAACAUCGACGAUUAAAGGUACUUGCAAUCCAGAGUACCAAGCUGUCUUCCCAAUAACAGGAAUCUUAGAUCGCACCUCACGACAAUGCCAACGGUCAUUCAAACGACAUGCUCUCAAGUGUCAAGUAUGGGCAAAAGGAUGCUCGCUGAACCCCAUCCUGUGUUGCACUCAUCCAAGAGGAUUUUUCAGAAGCGAUAGUUUGCUGGGUACCGUGACAGUAAAAUUGCAUCCGCUCGAGAUGAAAUGCAUUUUACAUGAUUCGUUUCCAUUAAUGGAAGGGAGGAAGCCAACAGGAGGAAAGCUCGAGUUGAAGAUACGUCUUAGAAAUCCGAUUCUCGCCAAACAGAUAGAACAAAUCACCGACAAAUGGUUGAUCCUCGAUAAUUGAUGCACUUACGUUUGUUUUUUUUUCUCCAAAGAAACCUAAAAAUACUACUCGUAUGUAAUUUGGCAAAAUACGUCCUGUAUUUCUUUCACAAAAAUGUUUUAGAACAUGACUUUCUUAGCCAACGAUAUUAUUUAUCUCGCAAGCGAACAUGUAAAUGUGUAAUUAAUCGAUUAUCUAUCCUAGUAGUUAGGAAUAAUAUAUAGAGAAAGGGAGAAAGAGAAUCAAUUAUAAAGAUUUUUCUAUCUUUGCGCGAGCUUUCGUAUUCGCCUAAUUCUUUUACGCAGCUAAUCGUAUUUUUAUGUGCGAUAGGGAGGAGAAAACAGAGACAGAGUACCAUAUUUGUAUCAUAUUUUAAUUAUCAUAAGCCACUCUCGUAUCUCUUGUAGAAAUAGAUAAGAUUAAAAUUGAAUAAACAAUUUUAUAA